AUGGACGAGGAUGACGAGGACGAGGACGAGCCGGACAGCGGCCGCGGCGACCGCCGCGACCAGGAGCGCGACGACCGCCGCGACGACGACCGCGACGACCGCCGCGAAGAACGCCGGGAGAGCCGUCGCGACGACCGCCGCGACGACCGCCAGGAGGGCCGCCGCGAGGACCGCCGCGACGACCGCGGCGGUGAGCGCCGCAGCGACGACCGCCGUAGCAGCGACCGCCGCGACCACGACCGCCCUGACGACGACCGCCGCACCGACGACCGCCGCGGCGAUGACCGCCGCGGCGACGACCGGCGGCGCGACGAGGCGUCGGACAGGCGGAGGGCGCGGGAGGACGAGGAGAGGUACGAUGGCGACAACGACCGGCGAGAUCACCGGGGCUACAGCCGCCGAGAUGAGUCCAUAGAGAGGGACCCCAAGAAGUACAGAUAG